UAAGAAUAUGUUACAAAAAUUAGAAAUGUUUUCAGUGUUUUUUUGGGUUUUUUUUUCGUGUUACUUAGUGCUUGUGGACCAAACCCUUGCCAGCGUCGAAGUACUGAAGAACCCUGAUAUGGAAAUUGUUAAUUUCGACAAUAACUGGUCAUGCAAAGGAGGUUGUACUUUGACGUCGAGCAAAGAUCACUACAGCGGAUCGCGCAGUGUUAUGGUUUCAAACAGAACAGCUAAUUUCAAUGGGUUGGCACAAAAUGUUGUUGUUACCCCUGGCUCUUCGUACAAUUUCACAGCGUAUAUCCAGCUUCUUAACAUGGAACAAGGUGCCAUGUAUCAAACUGUGGAAACAAAGAUGACAUGUAAGGGAAGUCCCGGUAAGAAGCAAAAACAUAGUUUUGAAAUUUGGACGCGACAAAGGCAAAUUCAUGUCAUGUAUAUAUACAAGUUUGGUGCGACUGUGAACUACCUGGUAGAUGAUGCCAGUCUGCAGGUCGUGGAGGAAAAUGCCAACUGGAAGACAGAAGCUAAUGCGAGAAUCGAAAAAAUUAGAAAAUCUGACAUUGACGUUGUAUUGUCGUCUGCAUCACAAAAUGAAAAGUACCAAGUAGAGCUUAUUCAAAACACUCACGAGUUUGCCUUCGGAAGUGCUGUCGGGGCGAAGCAAAUUGUUGAUCCAAACUAUCGUAAGUAUGCGCAAGCUUUGUAUGACAACUUUGAAUGGGCUGUACUGGAAAAUGCGUUAAAAUGGAGGCUAAUGGAAUGGACAAAGGGUAAAAUAGACUAUGAUACCCCAAUAAAUGCUCUGAAUGCUCUUAAGGGUAACGGUUUAGAACAUUGGGAUGUUAACAAUGAGAAUACUCACGGUGUCUACUUCGAGACGGCCACCGGAAACCCGAAUAUAACCAAUCAAAUGUUCGAUGAUGCGCACGCAGUCGAUCCCAAUGUGAAAAUCUUUCUGAAUGAUUUUGGUGUAAUGGAACAAUUUGCCUCAGUGCCUCUACACAAUCAAGCGAAAUUCUUAAAACAAGCUGGAGUCCCAAUCUACGGUGUAGGAAUACAGAGUCAUAUAAAAAAUACAAGCCUUGACAUCGCCCAGAUGAAGGGAAGACUCGAUAUGGUCGCUGCAGCUGGCCUUCCUAUCUGGAUCACAGAGCUUAGCCUAGCUUCUAAUGAUACAAACUCGCGAGCAUCUGCCCUGAGAGACAUAUUGACGUUAUACUUCAGCCAUCCGGCGGUAGAGGGCGUACUUUUCUGGGGAUUUUGGGACGGGAAAAUAUUUACACCGGAAGUAGCACUGUUUGAAGGACCGGAUGUGACUCCAAACGAAGCCGGCAAGGCUUAUCAGACCCUUUUCAAGACAACAUGGCGCACCAGCGUGACCAGAGAUGUUACCGGAGAUAGUACAUUCACUGUCAGGGGCUUCAAAGGAGAGUACACGGUAAAAUUGAGUCACAAUGGGAAAGAACUCAAACAAGAAACUUUCAAGUUGGGAUCAACCAAUCAAACUAUCAAUAUCGACGUUGGUAAGACAUAUAUGAAAUUACAAUUAUAAAUUAAAAUAGCGGCUAUUUUCUAUGGCAACAAAAACAAGUGGCGGAACUAUUUAAUUUCUACAUACAUAUUUGAACUGUAUUUACAUAUUUCUAUAAAUUAAUUUCUCUACCUUUUCCAGCUAUAAUGAAAAAAAUUAUCAUGUUUUACAUCUCAUACUUUAGAAACAUAUGAAAUCAAUCUGUUUAAGGUAUUAGAUCACUAAUAGUAAUUUUUACAAAAUGGCCUUUGCUUGGUAUAUUCUGAAAGGUAACCAUGUUUUGCACUAUUUUGCAAUUUUUAAACAACUUUUACCGUGCCGUUUUUUAUAAAUUUUGUAUAACUUAUUGUAUGUCCACAAGCUCAAGUAGAGACAGAUUUCAAAGUGAUAGCCACUAUCCAAAACGUCUGCAGAGAACUCAUUUUACCAUUAAUUUUAAUAAAAGAAACAUCAAACUAUUGGUAAACAAUUAUAAAACACAAAAUAAAAAUGUCAAUAUCAUUUUUUCUAUGGUGCCUCAAGUAAACGGAUUUAAUGAGACAGAAUUCAUACUUCAGCAUUGAAAAAGAUAAGGUCGAAUCUGUGUUUCUGUUUUGAAUUUUGCUCACUCCAUUUACAAAUAACUUUAGGGCAGAUGUAAAACCUACCUAAA